UAUGUACCCAGAAUAUUGUGUUGCUUAAAGACAACAACCCUACCCCUUACACAAAAUUACCUAAUCAUAUAAUCCAGUCGUGCAAAAUGAACCAAGACCUAGAUAACCUAAUGAAAAUCCCAAGGAUUAUAUGAUCACUGCAUACACUUCCAUUAAUCACGUUAUUGAUAUAUCUCCAACAUCCUCCAUCUAUAGAUUGGAUCCUUUUGCCAAGUAUUUGUGUUGUUGGAUCAAUACUGUUGGUCCUGAAGAAGUAAGUGCAAUCCAAGAAAGAACUAAAUGGAAACACCCAAAUCUAGUUUCUUUCCUCUUCUUUGAAGAAUAAAGUGAUAAAUUUAGUCAAAGUAGACAACUCAAAAUCUUCUAUGAAUACCUCCCUUUAGAUAUUAAAUAGUUAAUUGAUAAAAGAUCAAAAACACAAGAAUAUGUACCUGAAGAAGAAAUAUGGAAGAUGAUUUCUGGAUUAUGUGAAGCUUUUAUAUUUCUUCAAAAAAGAGGAAUCACACACUCUGCCUUGACAUUGGAAUCAGUUUAUUUUGAUGAAGAAUAUUUACUCUAUAGAAUUUAAGAUGUUAGUCCUUUCAGAGCCAGAGCCCCACAUUUAUUUGAAAAUUAAUACAAAUCUCCAGAAUCAGGAGGUAAUCUUAGAGUCAAUAGAUUUAAGUAGGAUGUAUUUGGAUUAGGGUAAAUAAUUAUUUAUAAUAUCUAUUAGUAUGAUAAUAUUAUCUCUCUGUCUACUUAAAAAUUGUGAUUACAUUUUCGAAACAGGAGUACUUAGUGUUGUCCAUUUAAAUGAUUGUUUCGAUUAAUUGAAAUAACUAUAUCCUGGAAGAGUUGAUUCUAUACUCAAAAAGAUGCUUCUCAUUGAUUUUAAUUAAAGACCAGAUUGGUUAGAGAUGUAGUAGUUAUUAGUGAAUUUAAAGGAUAUACAGUUAGCUAAUUUUGAUCUUGGUUUGUCUAAUAAAUCAUCAAUUUUAAAUUCAUCAUUUUAGUUAUAAAACUAAUAAUAGUAAUAAGUUUAAAAAACUUUUGACUAAUUAACAUUAAGUUAAGAAAAUAGAGAGACUAUUAAUAAUAAUAAAUUAACAAGUUCUAUCAAUAAUAAUGCUACAAUUAAGACAACAAAUACUGAUUCUGUUGACUAAAAACUUAUUAAUUUAAAUAAAAGAAUACAAGAUACUUUAUAAAAGAGCUUAAAUAAAAAUAUUAGAUGA